AUGAAGUUCCUCCUCACUGCACUGCCAGUGAUCGCCUGCCCUGCCGCGGCUCUCACCUCGCGCAUGCCGCUAACCUUUGCCCUGCAGGCCCUACUCGUCCGCCAUGAAGCCUACGUCGCCGACUCGGAGCGCGAACGCAAGGAAAUGCUCCACACCAUCGACACGCUCGAGAAGGACAAGAUAGAGCUCGAAGCCAAGAAUGCGGAAACCAUAAAGGCCAACAGGGACCUCUUGGACCAGCUCGAGCAGCUCAACAGCGCCGUUGCCGAGUCGGAUGCCCACAUACGCGCGCUGGAAGACACGCUACGAUCCACCGAAGACGAGAUCGACCGUCUAAGCUCCCUUGCAGCGCGCACCCAGCUCCUCGAGCGCCAGCUGAUUGACCUCGAAAGAGAACAGUCGCAGUUGCAGAGCAGUCUAGACGCCAAACUUGUCGACGAGCGAACAGCCAUACAACGAUGGAAGGUAGCAGAGCGGACUAUAGGAGACCUCCAGGACCAGAUCGACCGCAUCGAGAAGGAAUCCCGCGCCGAACGCCAGCGCCACAUGGAAGUCGUGGCACGCAUGGAGCGCAGGAUGGCUGUCGAAGAAAACCUCCACUCCGCCGCCGGCAGGCUCAAGGCUAAAGCAGGGACUGACAAGGGCGGGCCCAACGUCGUCUCCCACUUUGUCAAGGACAUUCUACUCGAUAACGCGAAUUUGCAACACGGAAUACUGGAACUGCGCGAGCUACUGGGCAACUCGAACGAAGAGGUAGAGCGCUUGCGAGACCAACUCAAAGUCCACCAGCCGGUAUCGAAUUCAUCUGAAGACGUCACGAGCCCUUCACUGCAGAAAGAACUGGAGAUGGAACAAGAAGCGUCACUACAGCAGGAACUACACAUACAUCACCACUACCACGGCCCCAAGGUUUCUCGCAACGUUCCCAAACCGCCCGCGCAGCGGCGGCCAAAGAAGAAGCGCUUCUCGCUCACCCCGACACACUUUGACCCGCCUCCGACGCUCGACCGCUCAUCUACGGCGACAAUACUGGAACACACUGCCGUCACUGUACCAAACUCGCACAGAUGGUCUCAAGCGUCGACUCUCACACCAGGCUCUUUCGCGGGCUCGCCCGUAUCAGACUCCCACCGCGGCUCAAUGUACGACCGCGUCUUCAGCGAGGCCUACGACUCAUCCCGUCCCACCAGUCCCCCUGAUUCAAUCGACUUCCAGUCGCCCAUGUUCGGUCCCGUCAAGUCCAACGACUACAGCUCUGACCCCGACGCUAUGCCUCCGAUGAUGCGGCGAUCAUCUGGCACACUCGAGGUGGCCAAGAGUGGGAGCAAACAUCUCCGCCGCAAAUCCCGCGGCCUCAUGCCACCCAGCCUUUCCACAAUGCGCAGCUCCAGCACACCGAUUGCCCUGACAACUAAGAGUAGUCCUGCAACGGCUGUGAUAUCGGCUGUCAGCCCCGCAAACUCCUUCUCGGAUGCUAGCUUCACGUUAUCGCCAUACCUCCAGCAGACGGAGCCCCAGGCCGCCAUUCCAGAGGAGCGGGAGAGUGAAGAGUCCUCGCUUCUAACAGCAGUGCCUUCACUCAUGACAUCCACGGGCGACUUUGAGCCCGACGACCUUGUCUCCCCCAUGACAGCCAUGCGCCCUGCAAUGCGUCGUCACGCUUCCCACGAAUCCCUCAUCUCUGUCUCUGGCAUGGACAUCCACACUUUGCAGUCUCGGCCCUCACAACUCCUCUACUCCAACGCCGCACGCUUCGCCACCCCAGGCAACGCCGGCUCCGUCGGGCCCGAACUCACACCCUGGACUGCCACCGCCCACGGCACUCUGAGCAAUAAGACGAGUCAGAGCAGCAUGGCGCAGCGGGAUAGGUUGUACGCGAACAUUGCGAGCCAGAAGCGCGGGCCGAGGAAGAGCGAUGGGCCCCAGGUUGCCAGUGGCAGCGGACAAGGCCUUACAAAGAAAGUCGGAGGCUGGGUGUUUGGCAAGUGGGGUGCUAGUCCCGCUCCCGUCGUCUCUCCCCCUGCUACAGCCACUAGUACUACGGACAAUCGUGCGCCUUCGAUCCUUAGUCAGGAAACACAAUCCACGCAAGACUCGCAGGCUACUCAGGACUCGCAGGCUAGUGAGGGUACGACCAAAGAUGGGGAUAGGAAGAAGAAGCCAAAGUUGAGGCCGAGUGGCGUCAAUCAGAAUGGUCCUAUUUGGGGCUUCUUUGAUGAGGUGCCGGAUGCGCCUACCAAGGUUGUUGUGCAGGAUUAUGAUGCUGAUGCAUUGGGGGAGGCGUUGGCUGAGGCUUCGUAA